AAAUAAUUUUCCUACAAAUUAACAACCUGCAUAAAGUAAAAAAUCUUUUUGAAGUUUAAAAUUAUUUAUGGCAUGUGCGACGACAAGUAAAAUUAAAAAGCAUAUGAUGAGAUCCGUUGGAUGUUCGUGAUAAUGUUUCAAUGGAACUAACCGCCCCCUACGUAAAAUUAAAAAAGUAAUCUACAAAUAUCAAAAACAAAGCGAGAAAUACUAAAAGUUAAAAAAAUAACUAAUACUAGACUUGUAAAAUGUAUUCAUAUAUUAAAAAGUAUUUCUAGACUGUUUUGAAUAUUUUCAUACUUUUUUUCAUGCCGAAAUGGUGAUUGGAAAGCAAAUUAAGAGUCGUUCGAGAUCCUCAAUUUUCAACAAAAUGCAAUCGUCAGGUACAGGAAUGACACCAAAAGAGCUGUCUGAAAACGAUGAUUUAGCAACAUCGCUGAUACUGGACUCGAUUCUUGGUUUCCAAACACACAAAAUGAACAUACGGUACAAGCCACAGAGAAUCAAUCGAGACGAACUGAAAAAGAUCACUGAAGAAUUUAUCGAGACUCAAGAUUAUGAUACAGCUAUGAGUAAAAUAAUGUCUGGCGAUUGGAUACCAAGAGCUUUCCAUAAUAAAAGUAAAAUAAUUCAAAAAAGACUGUAUGCACACAUCUAUCGCUAUUUGCGUGUUUUCGAUAGAAACUCUGGAUUCGUUAUUGAUUCGUGCUUUCGAUAUUCACUGGAAGGACAAAAAGGAGCUAAAAUAUCCUCAACGAAGAAAUGGUACAAAAAUGAAAAGAUUGAAUGUCUGGUUGGGUGUAUUGCUGAAAUGAGUGAAGCUGAAGAGACAUCCCUUUUACAACAAGGAAAGAAUGAUUUUUCUGUCAUGUAUAGUUGCCGAAAAAACUGUGCACAACUUUGGCUCGGACCUGCUGCUUUUAUUAAUCACGACUGCAGAGCAAACUGUAAAUUUGUCCCAACCGGACGAGAUACAGCUUGUGUAAAAGUUUUGCGUGAUAUCGAAAUCGGCGAAGAGAUAACAUGCUUUUAUGGUGAAGAUUUUUUCGGCGAUAGUAAUCGCUACUGUGAAUGUGAAACGUGCGAACGUCGUUGUAGUGGUGCAUUCACAAAAUGGAAAGAAACGAGCGAUGAUAAGCUAUCGGGAGGAUAUCGUUUGCGAGAAACGGAUAAUAGAAUAAAUAGGAAAAAAACUUCAUCUCAACCAGAUGCGGAUAAAUCAGACGUAAAUUCAGAUACUCAAAUGAGUUUAAAAGAAUUAAGGAAACGAUGUACAAAGUAUGAUGCUGAAAUGAUUAUAGCCCAAAGAUCGCCAAAGUACAUUGACGAAUCAGAAGUAGCAUUGAAACCACCUAUUCAUGCGACUAGAAACAGCUUAUUAACUGCCACUAGUAAUAUAGUAACACGUUCUACAAAACGACUCAAUAGUAAAGAAGAUUCACCGAAAACUAAUAGUAUAGGAUUAAGGAGAAGUAGAAAUUCAAACGGCAUGAUCAAUUCAUUAUCCAAUGAUUGUGAUAAAAAUAGCUAUGGUGAAGCAGAUGCGGAAAGUGAUACAAACUCUUCAUCAAAGGAUACAUUCAACAAUUUUACACAGAAUACAAAAAGUGUCGCCAAGAAACGAAAAUUAAAAUCAACUCGAUUAAGUGAAAGCGAGAGUUCAUCAUCAUGGGAGAAUAAGCAGUUUACAAAUAGUAAUGUUGAUGUAAUGUCUAAUUUUGGUAACAGUAUUUUGUUAAAAACGCCAGAAAGGCGCUUGAAGAUGUUAAUAAGAGUUAAAAGAAGCCCAACGUCCAGUAACACGUGUUCGAGUUUUGAUCAAAACUAUAGUUUAGGAGAUAAACUAAGUAUGAAUGAUGACAAUGAGCCUGAAUAUGAAAUCCUACGAACUGAAGGUAUUGAUAGUAACGGGAUUAGUGAAACGGAAUCAACAACUUCACUCAUAUUCUCGGGCGUUAAGCGAUCGAAAAGGAAAAAGCGCCAUAAGCACAAACGGAAGCGCAAUAAGAAUAAGUAUAUCGAUUCUAAUGAAUAUAAUUUUGAUCAAGACAGUAAUUUAGAAGAAUCAUCGAGUUUUAACGAAGAUGGAAAUGAACAUUGCAAAAUACAGAAUAAUUUUACAACAGCUAAACGAGUAAAAUUAAUGUUUGGUAAUGAAAUGAAAAUUCUGAACAUUCCCGACAAAAUUGAAACAUCUAACGAAGCAGAUUCAUUGCUGAACUCUAAUUUAUUACCGGCUAAAAGUAUUUUAGUGACAAAUGUUUUUAACUAGAAUCAUUUUCAUUUAUAAUUUUUAUUUUAAGUGGUUGAUGUUUAUUGAAGAUUAAUUAAGAAAAUUUGUAUCUAAAAAAAAAUGGGAAAUUACACCUAGAUAGUAAAUUAAAUUAGUGGCCCUCAUGUAGAGACGUUAUAAAAUCUCAAUCUGAGAUAUGAAUCGUCCCUAAGAAUUUGAAACUUAGUACUAGAAUUCGUCAUUAUUUUUGUACUGAAACAUAAGUAUAGAAAAUUUUCUUCUCAAUUCUGGAUGUUUUGAUGGAUUGAAACUUUCACAACAUCAAGUUUUAUGCUUUGUAGCAAGAAAGAAUGGAUAUUAUCGGAUAAAUAGAUGAAAAAUAAAUAUUGGAAGAAUAGAAUAAUGUAAAAUCAUAAAUGUUUGUAAACAAGAUAUGUCAAAUUUCUGUCAGGAUGCAAUUUUCACUUACAAGUUUCUAAAUGAAACGCAAUAUGCGUUCAACAUGUCAAUGAUCACAGACCCGUUAUCUGCAGUGCUUAUAACAAUAUCUCUGUAUUCGGAGUGUCCUCAUUUAUUCUGCAAAAUGAAUCGUCACGAUGCUUUCUAUCUGUGCACUUGAGUGAUCAAUUUCAUUAAAUUUCAACCACACGUUUUAGUUAUUGAAUGUUUUUUUUGAAUGAUUAAAGAAUUUUUUUCCAAAGUAGAUCUAAAGAAAAUGAAAAUGAAAGCUUUGCCGGAAUCAAUUUUACUCACUUGUUCGUUAUUUUAAUAAAAAAUUAUAUCUUCAAUGGAGAUGAUAUGAGCUUCGGAAAAAAUUGGAAAAAGCGAAUAAAAAAGUAAAAAAAUAUAAACUUAAUGUCCUUACCCAAACAUCAUCUUUAACUUAUACUUAAAAAAUCAUUUUGAUCAUCUUUGUUCGGUAUAUUUUUUAGAAAAAAUACAGACUGCGAAAGCAAAUAAUUAAUUUUAUUAUUAUAAUUUUUCU